AUGGGAGACGAUGAAAUUGUGGCUCUGAUUGUGGACAACGGCUCCGGCAUGUGCAAAGCCGGUUUUGCCGGAGACGAUGCCCCCCGUGCUGUCUUCCCCUCCAUCGUUGGUCGUCCGCGUCAACAGAAGCUCUGA